AUGAUUGUCGAUUUGACAAGUCCAACUCCAAGUCCGGAGCCAGAGCUGCCAAAGGCUCGCGCCAAAGUUGCUCCUAAAGUUGCCUCCAAACUUCCUUCCAAAGAUACACAUCCAAAAAUUUCCAGACCACCCACAGUGCAGCUAUUCGACUAUAGUUUUGCCAAUUUCGACAAUGCGACAAACGCCAGAACAGUCGAGCCGGCACUAAGUCCGUUGAGAAAUUCCAGCCAAAUCAAACCCUCUAAGACCAUCAAGCUUGAUGAUGGCAAUGAGAUUCAAUUAUGGUCCGAUGACUUUGACACUAUACUAGGUUCUGUAUUGAAUAGCACACCUGCGAAGCGGAAUGCUGGGUUAUCGAAGAAGUAUGUUGGGGGUAACAUUCCUUUCCAUUUAACAAGUUCAGACGAUCCCUUUACUUCUUCUCCACCUGCGAAACGGCGGAACGCAUCACCCCCAAAAGAUAAAGUCCCUAGAGCAGCAGGCGGAUAUAAGCGCACCGUUUCCAAUAUCGAUUCCGUCGCAACGAGUAAUAUAAGACCAUACAAAUAUAGUUUAAAUAGGUCGAAGUCUAUGGGCGCAGAUCCUAUAGUGUUUACAAGCUCGCCGGAUGUGUCUGCGGUACGAUCGAUGAAGGGGAAGGGUAAAACAUCCAUUAGCCGAAAUGAUGAUGAAAAAGACGAAGACGAGGUGGAGAUACCACGGAAGAAGGCCAACAAGGCAGAUCCUGUAGAUCUCGAUGAUACGGACGAAGACUUUCCAUCCAUUGAAAAUCUAAAAUCUUGGGCUUCACCACCCAAGAAAGCAAAGAAGCUUGAAGAUUCGAUGGCCCAUUAUUACAACGAUGAUGAUGAUGAUGAUAAAGCUCUUGAGAAGAAGAAGCGAGAAAAGCUUGAAAACGCCAAAGACAAAGCUUUGAGGGCAUCAGAAAAGAAGGCAGCAAAGGAUGCCGAAAAGGAGCAAAAGCGUAUCGACAAAGAGUAUGCUAAGGCAGAGAAGGAAAGAGAGAAGGAAAAGGCAAAGGAUCUGGCUAAAGCCAAUAUUGAUCGCACCAAGGCUGAUAUCUCGGCCCCAGAAAUGAUCGUCGAUUUGCCUUCAUGUAUUCAGGAAAAAAGUAACUUGGCCUUGAGAACUCGAAUCAACAUUCUACUUGGGGAAUUGAAUGUCCAGCGGUCUCAAUGGGAAAACUCAGACCUAGUCAUUAAGUGGCGUCGAAAGAUUAUUUCGGAAUACAGCGUAGAAAGUGAUAUGUGGGAACCCAAACCACUGCAGAUCAAGGAUGAACAGCAUAUUCUAUGUGUCUUACCAGCCAAGAAAUUCGUUGAUAUGGUUUUAGGGAGAGGAGAUGUGAAUCUAGAUACUCAAGUUUCUAUCCUCAAAUCACAAUUCGAACCUUGCAAGCUUGUAUAUCUCAUCGAGGGCCUCACAGCAUGGCAAAACAAAAAUCGGAAUAUUAAAGACCGACAAUACAAAGCCGCAGUUAGAAGUCGUAUCCCGGAGGACGAAGCGGCUAGUACCAGCAGCCAGAGAAGAAGAGCACCAAAAGCCGAUGAAUACGUUGAAAAUGCAGAUAAUUCAAUCGAGGACGCUUUGCUCAACUUGGAAGUCCUUCAUAAAGUAAAUUAUUGGCUCACGGCCAAUGCACAAGAUACUGCAAAAUGGGUCUGUCAAUUCACCAAACAUAUCGCCACGAUCCCGUAUCUAGCUCAACGCGAAGCUCUCGGUUUGAAUUUUUGCAUGGCGAACGGCCAAUUCAAAGGCGGAAAGGACGCUACCGAUACUUAUAUCAAAAUGUUGGAGGAAAUCCAUCAAGUCACGGAAAAAGUGGCAGAAGGUAUAGCAGCUGAAUUCCCUACGCCUCAAGCGCUUCUAGAGGGAUUUAAGGAAGGCGGUCCGUCGGCAUUAGAAGGGUGUCGAAAAAUGGGGAAUAAGAAUGGGGGGUUGGCAGAUACGAGGAUCGGGAAAUCCAUUAGUCGGAGGGUGCACAAGAUUUUCACAGAAGAGAAUCCCGAGAGUUUGUAUGUUUAG